AAAAAAAGGAAAGGGAAAGAAACAAUAGUCUUUCAGGUUGAUGAAGUAAGGAAGUAGAAAAUAUGGAACCAAUCCUCUUUCUUCAAUAAACACCUGGAAUCUCCUCACUUGUCUGCACUUCACUCUCAUCAAAUUUUCUCCCAAAAAUUCAAAAACCCUAACCCCACCUUUUUUUCCCCCAAAAAUCUCCAAACACACAGUCACACAGUGGUUGCUGUCGCCCUCAAUUGCGACUUUCCUUCCACUUGUCUCUCUAAUCUCUUCUUUUCUUAAUGCCAUAAAAAUUAUUCUACUAUAUCUCCCCAAUUGGUCUUCCCUAUUUAAAAAAUUCUGAUGAAUAAUCCAAACCCUUCUUCACUUCCCAACGACUCUGCUCCUCCUCCUCCUCCUCCUGCUGCUGCCGAGGAAGAUUCCUCUUCUUCUGUUGUUGUUCCCCCCGAAGCUUCCAAGGGACCCACCGCCGAUAACGGCGAUACUGCGGCUACUGCUGGGGAGGAAGACCCACCGCAGUCCACGGCCAUGGUUUCGCCGGAGAAGGAGGCGGGUUCCACCGCCGAUGAUCCCAUGGAUGUCGACAAUGUGAAUCCCGCUACCGUGUUCUGUAUUCGGUUGAAACAGCCAAAGUCUAAUUUGCUUCACAAAAUGAGCGUUCCAGAGCUUUGUCGGAAUUUCAGUGCUGUUGCUUGGUGUGGUAAGCUCAAUGCUAUUGCAUGUGCAUCAGAAACAUGUGCCAGAGUCCCAAGUUCCAAUGCAAAUCCUCCAUUCUGGAUUCCUAUACAUAUAGUGAUCCCAGAACGGCCAACUGAGUGUGCAGUAUUUAAUGUUAUAGCAGAUUCCCCUCGAGAUUCUGUUCAGUUUAUUGAAUGGUCUCCCACGGCCUGCCCUCGUGCCCUGCUUAUUGCUAAUUUCCAUGGGAGGAUAACCAUCUGGAACCAACCUUCUCAAGCUUCCCCUUAUAGAGUAAGAGAUGCUAGUAGCUGGCAGCUGGAAUAUGAAUGGCGCCAGGAUAUAGCAGUAGUUACGAAAUGGUUAUCAGGAGUUUCUCCGUAUAGGUGGCUUUCGUCAAGAUCAGGUGGCUCUGGAAAGUCAACCUUUGAAGAGAAAUUCCUUUCCCAGCAGCCAGAAGCUCCAGCUGGUUGGCCAAAUUUUCUGUGUGUAUGCUCUGUGUUCUCAUCAGGCUCCAUUCAGCUCCAUUGGAGUCAAUGGCCUCCAAGUCAAAGUAGUGCACCGUCGAAGUGGUUUUGCACUAGCAAAGGGUUGUUGGGAGCUGGGCCAAGUGGGAUUAUGGCUGCAGAUGCCAUCAUAACAGACUCUGGUGCUAUGCACGUGGCAGGUGUUCCCAUCGUUAAUCCUUCUACGGUUGUUGUUUGGGAGGUUAACCCUGGCCAUUGGAAUGGUUUUCAAGCAUCUCCUAAAGUUAGUAUCAGCAAUGGGAUUCCACCAUCUGUCACUCCAUCCUGGGAUGGUUUUGCCCCUUUGGCAGCAUAUCUAUUCAACUGGCAAGAAUAUUGGUUGCUCGAAGCUAAACAAGGCAGAAAACACACAGAACAAGACUAUAGUGAGAUGGUGACACUUCAUUGUUUGCCUGUUUCAAAUUUUUCUGCUUAUGUCAGUCCUGAAGCAGCUGGCAAGUCAGCUUCUGCUACUACCACAUGGGGUUCUGGUGUCACUGCUGUGGCUUUUGAUCCAACUCGUGGUGGUUCUGUAAUAUCCGUUGUGAUUGUUGAAGGACAGUACAUGUCUCCAUAUGAUCUUGAUGAGGGUCCAACAAUUAAUGGAUGGAGAUUACAACGCUGGGAAUCAACUGUAGAGAAUGUUGUCCUCCAUCAGAUAUUUGGUAAUCCCACUUCUACUUUUGGUGGAGAGGCACCCAAGCAAACUGUGUGGGUGAGCAAAGUUAUCAAGUGCACCCCGGCAUCAAGUGAUUUUAUAAGUCCUCAAGCAGCUGCUGCAGCACCACCUCCUGAUGGAAGAAAUGCAUCUGACCCUGGCUCUGAGGUGUCAAAGAGGGUCCGUUGGGAUCCCUUUGAUUUGCCUAGUGAUGUUAGAACUCUAGCACGUAUUGUGUAUUCUGCUCAUGGUGGUGAGAUUGCUGUAGCAUUCCUUCAUGGUGGAGUACAUGUCUUCUCAGGUGAAAGCUUUACUCAAGUUGAUUAUUACCAGAUCAGUUGUGGUGCUGCAAUUGCGGCACCCGCUUUUUCUUCUACAAGUUGCUGUUCUGCUGUGGUUUGGCACGACUCUAGUAAGGAUUGCACGAUGCUGAGAAUAAUUCGUGUUCUUCCUCCUGCUAUGUCGAAUAGUCAAAUGAAAGCUAGCUCAAUUACUUGGGAACGUGCAAUUGCAGAGAGAUUUUGGUGGAGUCUUUUAGUGGGUGUUGAUUGGUGGGAUGCUGUUGGGUGCACACAAAGUGCUGCUGAGGAUGGCAUUGUAUCCCUGAAUAGUGUAAUUGCUGUGUUGGAUGCUGAUUUCCACUCUCUUCCUUCGACUCAGCACAGGCAGCAGUAUGGCCCUAGUCUUGACAGGAUAAAAUGUAGGCUACUAGAAGGAACAAAUGCUCAAGAAGUCAGGGCAAUGGUUCUUGACAUGCAGGCACGGUUGCUGCUGGAUAUGCUUUGUAAAGGUAUUGAAUCAGCAUUGGUGAACCCUUCAGCUCUGAUAUCAGACUCAUGGCAACCAUCUGGUGAGGUGGUCUCUGGUAUAGAUCCCGAGUCAAUGACAGUUGAGCCAGCACUUGUCCAAAAUAUUCAGGCUUAUGUUGAUGCUGUACUUGAUCUUGCAUCACACUUCAUCACACGACUGCGGCGUUAUGCUAGUUUCUGCCGUACACUGGCAAGUCAUGCAGUUAAUGCAGGCACUGGAGGGAGCCGGAGUAUGGUUACAAGUCCGACACAAAGUUCUGCUUCUCCUGCUACUAGUCAAGGAACACAAGGUGGGACUGCAAGUUCCACAGGAAGUACACAAAUGCAAGCAUGGGUACAAGGGGCUAUUGCUAAGAUCAGUAGCACUGCUGAUGCAGCUCCAAAUGCAGCCCCUAAUCCCAUCAGUGGUCCUUCAACUUUUAUGCCAAUUAGUAUUAACACUGGCACUUUUCCCGGAACUCCAGCUGUUAGGCUUAUUGGGGAUUGCCAUUUCCUUCGUAGAUUGUGUCAGCUUUUACUUUUUUGUUAUUUUUUUUGGCGAGCGCAACUACCACGUGCACCAGGUCCUCAGAAAAAUGCUGAUGCAUUGGCCCAAAAACCUCAGCCUAAUGGUCCGGGUAGAGCAGAAGAUUCCAACUCUCUUAAGUCAUCUGCUCUUAGGCCAGACGAAAAACAGGUUCCAAGGGCUGGGCAAGUCGGUUCUGCAGCAAAAGGAUCAGAAGAAGGUCUAUCCAAAGGCUCAAGGUUAGGUUCUGGUAACGCUGGUCAAGGAUACACAUUCGAGGAGGUUAGGGUCCUUUUCCGUAUUCUGAUGGAUCUCUGCCGCCGAACUCAAGGUUUAGCACAUCCGCUUCCUGUUUCUCAGGUCGGAAGCAGCAACAUUCAGGUCCGGCUUCACUAUAUUGAUGGGAAUUACACUGUUCUACCAGAGGUCGUCGAAGCUUCCCUUGGUCCUCAUAUGCAGUAUAUGCCACGGCCUAGAGGUGCUGAUGCAGCUGGUUUACUACUCCGUGAGUUGGAACUUCAUCCUCCUGCUGAAGAAUGGCACAGAAAGAAUAUGUUUGGCGGUCCUUGGUCUGAUCCAGAGGAUACAGGUCCUGCAGAAGAUACUACUAGAUCGAGUCCUUCGAGAGAAUUAAUCGAUGGAACCUCAACUGACAAUUGUGAUGUUUAUUAUGGAGCUCAUGGGUUGUGGCCGAGGAAGCGGAGGAUGUCUGAAAGGGAUGCAGCUUUUGGUUUGAAUACUUCAGUUGGUCUUGGAGCAUAUCUUGGUAUAAUGGGGUCUCGGAGGGAUGUUGUUACAGCCGUAUGGAAAACUGGACUGGAAGGAGUUUGGUACAAGUGUAUAAGAUGCUUGCGGCAGACUUCUGCAUUUGAUAUAGCCAGUGCAAGCUCUACGCAUAAUCAAAAUGAGAGAGAACUUUGGUGGAUAAGCCGGUGGGCGUAUGGCUGUCCAAUGUGUGGCGGAACCUGGGUUCGUGUGGUAUAGCUCUUUCACCUGCUACCAUUUUCUCACAGAGAAAGCAACCUGCUUUUGAUGUAACUUUUUGCUCUAGCCAUCUUCUGUCUCUGUCUGUUAUUGUUGUGGAGAUCAACUAAAAAGCUUGGCGGUCAGAGUGCUGUAGCUCGAAUGGAAAAUACAUGGGAUUCUCAUAUCCUAGUACUGAUAAAAGGGGUCUCGAGCUUAUCAUCUUUGUAGGACAUCAGGCGGGCAUAAUACCAGAAGGGGAGAUGUAUACUGGUUAGUCAGCUUUGCAAUAUUUCCUUAACCCAGUUGUGGACUUGUGGUGUGUGAGUGUUUCAAAGGAGGGAGACCUAACUCCGGAAUGAUGGACAGUGCUGUCCUCAAGCACAAUGCCCGAUGACUUGUGGUUUGCUGACGAAUUCAGUUGGUCUCAGGUUCAUGAGAUGAUUAUUAUUGUUUGUCCGCUGUCUCAUAUACGGAAAGAAAAGGGGAAUGAAGUUUCAAAAUUUGUACAUGGUCUUAACAGUGGUUUGCAACCAAAACAUGUUCUGCUCUUGUAACCGAUAACCUCUUCAAAGAUGUAAAUGAGAUAAAUUGUGCGUUAGGGGUAUCCACUCAGCUACCCUAACAAAAUGUCCAAAUCUCAAUUGAUAUGUUUGUCGUACACUUUAAUCCUUCUUUGCCAAAAUAAAGAAAUUUUAUACGUUAAAUUAUACAUUUGUGUGGAUAUCAAUUUUGAGUCGG